UAUGGUGAUCAUGGAUUUAUCAUUUAGCUCUAACUGUUCUUGCUCCUCUAACAUUCUUCAGUUCUGUGUCUUUAAAGUAUGUAUAUAGAGAGGUGAAUAACACAGAAACCAAUGAGGAAACAGUUCAAGAAAAUUGGAUUUGAGACACAGAACUAUUGCUAAAUGUACUGGAAUGUAUGGCUCCAAGUGUGAAUAUUUUACUUGUUAAUUGCUUGAAUACACAAUAUGGACACAGAGCUGGAUGCUCAUUUACUUGUUUCACUUUUCCAACCCUCUUUUCUUUUUUAAAAGGUGUCCAAGCUACAUAGAACCACAAAAUCUAACAAGUGUAUCAGAGUUCUUCCUCAUGGGCCUCUCAGAUGAUCCAGAACUGCAGCCCCUCCUCUUUGGGCUGUUCCUGUCCAUGUACCUGGUCACUGUGCUUGGGAAUCUGCUCAUCAUCUUGGCCGUCAGCUCUGACUCCCACCUCCACAUCCCCAUGUACUUCCUCCUCUCCAACCUGUCCUUGGCUGACAUUGGUUUCACCUCCACCACAGUCCCCAAGAUGAUCAUGGACAUCCAAACUCAGAGCAGAGUCAUCUCCUAUGUGGGUUGCCUGACUCAAAUGUCUUUUUUUAUGCUUUUUGGAUGUUUGGAUAGUCUCCUCCUGGCUGUGAUGGCGUAUGACCGGUUUGUGGCCAUCUGUCACCCCCUGCACUACUUGAUCAUCAUGAACCCCCGCCUCUGUGGCUUGUUGGUUUUGGCGUCAUUUUUAAUCAGCCUGUUGGUCUCCCAGAUGCACAAUUCAAUUGUGUUACAACUUACUUACUUCAAGGAUGUGGAAAUUUCUCAUUUCUUCUGUGAUCCUUCUCAACUCCUCAACCUUGCCUGUUCUGACACUUUUAUCAAUAACAUAGUCAUGUAUUUUGUUGGUGCCAUCUCUGGCUUUCUUCCUAUUUCAGGGAUCUUUUUCUCUUACUAUAAAAUUGUUUCCUCCAUUCUGAGAGUCCCAUCCACAGGUGGGAGAUACAAAGCCUUCUCCACCUGUGGCUCCCACCUGUCAGUUGUUUGCUUAUUUUAUGGAACAGGCCUUGGGGUGUACCUUAGUUCAGCUGUCUCACUUUCUCCCAGGAAGGAUGCAGUGGCCUCAGUGGUGUAUACUGUGGUCACCCCCAUGCUGAACCCUUUCAUCUACAGCCUGAGGAACAGGGACAUCAAAAGGGCCAUGUGGAGGCUCUUCAGUAAAACAAUCUAAUCGCAGUACCUCUGCCAUCCAUUUGAGGUGUAGGUUGGAAUGCAGCAAAACUAAACACCUAGGAGUGCCUGGGUGGCUCAAUCCAUUAAGCGUCUGCCUUUGGCUCAAGUCAUGAUCUCGAUCCCAAGGCUGAGCCCUGAGUUGGGCUCUCUGCUCAGUGGGGAGCCUGUUUCUUCCUCUCCAUCUCCCUCUGUCCCUUCCCCCUCAUUCUCUCUCUUUCCCCCACCCCUCAAAUAAACAAAACAUUUUAAAAACAAACAAAAAACUAAACAUGUAGACCUGCAAAUUCUAAGGCUCUCACCACAUCAUUUUUAUAGUUGUCGUGGCUUUCAUCCUUUUCCUUGCUUAACAUUUGGAAAUUGCUUUUUUCAUGUCUUAAAUGGGACUGAGGGAGUAUUCUGGGGUCCUUUGUAUAUGACAGUCACUGCAUGACUGAACCUUACUUUAAAAAAUAUUUUAUUUAUCUAUUCAUGAAAGACACAGAGAGAGAGACCGAGACAUAGGCAGAGGGAGAAGCAGGCUCCCUGUGGGGAGCCUAAUGUGGGACUCCACCCUAGGACCCCGGGAUCAUGACCUGAGCCAAAGGCAGAUGUUCAACCACAGAGCCACCCAGGUGCCCCUGACUGAAUCUUAUUAGAUCUAUGGAGACUCUGUGCUUUAUCAUUGGUGACCCAAGCAUCCCAGAAAGAUGAGAAGUUCUCUUUUUAUAUAUUUUAAAUUCAUAUUUUUCCAUAAUUCUUGUGUAUUUUCCAUACAUAUUUCUUAUCUAUCCAAUUGGUUUAUGCAGGUUAUGUGGGAGGAUGCAUGUUACUAGUUCUCAAACUUGGUAUGCAUGUAUGUAUGUAUUUUCAAGUAUAAUUAACAUACAGUGUUAUAUUAGUUUUAGGUGUACAAUACUAUGAUUCAACAAUUCUAUACAUUUCUUAGUGC